ACUCCCAGCAUGCAUUGCAGUUGAUCCAUUUAUCUGAAAAAGUUUGAUGAUUUUCAGCAUCGUUGAUGUUUACACAUGUUGAUAAAACUUUGUUUAUUUUGCAUUUUUGUGACCAAAACAUAUUAAUCAAUCAUUAACAACAAAUCACUGAAUAUAAAUUGAAUGCUGCUUCUUUAUAAAGUUAUUUUGAUUUAAGCCAUUAAUAAUUUUUAACAUUGAUUUAUUGGUUGCCUGCUUCAGGGUAUUAGAGUUUAAUAUUGUCUUGUGUUGGCAUUUUAAAGAGUUUUUGUAACGUCUGUUUUAGGAGUUGUGGAGAAGAGCAUCUUGUUGGGUUUACUUGAUUCAGUCAUGUUCACUUAACAUGUUAAUUUCAUGUUUAGAAAACACGACUCAAACAUGUGGAGCCACUGGGCAUGAUUGAAUCAUGUUAAACCAAAUAGCUUCUUUUUAAGUGGAAGUUUGAGCUAGAAACCUAUACGAUUGUGUUAUAUGAAAGUGAUUUGUUCAAGUAAAGUGAACAGUAUCAAAAAUUCAUUGUGGCUGAUCAGUGGUAAAAAGACACAAAUGGAGACAAAUACCGCCAGAGCUCAGAGACAUAAGUGGUUCAUAAGUGCAACAGCAAGUGAUGUGCAGGGGACCUUAGUUGACCAAAUCCUCAUUAUCAUCACACAUUUUUCUAUCUUCUACAAGUCUGUUUGCCUUCAUAUUUCACGGAUUAUUUCUGCUUUCUCCAAAUUAACUACUUGCAUAUGGUGACCAUGUUGGAUUAAGUGAGUGUGUAGCGAGUGUGUAGCGAGUGUGUAGUGAGUGUGGGCAUCUAUACUUCACUUCCUGUUCACAUCUGCACACACAGACACACACAGUGAUGAAUACACUGACAAGUGCAGACUGUAAUGGUAAAUAUAUAAUGUUAUUCCAACAACAUUAUGAAAAAGCAACGUGAAUAUGAGACGUGAUGACAGUAUUGAAUCAAUACAAUAUUCAUGUUUAUUAGUGUAAUGAUGAUUCAUACCAGUCUGAUGAGAUGUUUUGGCCUAAAGAAGAUUUUCUGUCAUAUUGAUGAUUUAACACUUUCUUCUUUUAAAAAAAAGCCCAGAUUUGCUAGUCAAAAUUCUCUGACAUUACGACGGGAAGGAAAGAUGCCCAUGGGUCCAAACCUAGUCUGUUACUUUUGAAUUUGUUUCACAACAAUCUAUAAUCUUUUCAUAAACCCUUAAAUGGCAGAAAUUCUAAAGAAUCAAUCUACAGUCAUUCAGAUUCAGAUGAUUUGACUUUUUGUUUUAUUAUGUUUUUGUUUUAUUAUGUAUCGUAAAACUGUCUGUUUUCUUGCAUGACAGUAGACAUCAAGACAAGGUAUAACCUAGCUGUGGAACUUUUAACGCACCAUCAAAGACAUACUUGUACAAAAACAAAGUUCUGACAAUAGGCAUUUUCUGUACAUACAACAAGUGACAAAGUUUACAUAAAUCUAUAUAUGUAACUACAUAGCAGUAAUAUAAUGUGUGUUUAACGCACUGGCUAAUUGCUAACUGGCUAUUGUAUAAGAGCAAUGGAUCAGAAAAAAAUUCAAACAUGCUUUAUUUUCCAAUUGUGCACACAAAGACAAGCAACGUGUUGUGGUUUCAGGGGUCAGAAUGAAAAAAUACGGUAAAGACAAACACAGGAAAUGGAAAAAAUAAAAUAUAGAAUGAAAAUAAAAUACAUCAAUGAUGAAAAUAAUUAAUUUACAUAAGAGGUUAGAGGGACAGUUAAUUAUAGAUAUGUAAAGGAUAAUAAAACUGUGUAUACUAUGCUUUUUACAAAUAUACAAGUAAUUUACUUAAUUAUGCAUAAACCGUACUGCAUGCUCUACUCUAGAAUAUUACACUUUCGAACAUGUAGGUACUAUUGGAUGUGAUUAAUAUUCAUGGUGGAGAUAGGUUGCCUAAAAACUGUUCUAUCAAAGUAAUAUUGAGAAUGGUAAGGGGAGUGUGUGAUGGAGGUUCCACGUGAAGUUCACGGUCAUCUCAAGGGGCAUUCAGCAUGUUUUGACUCAGACAGCAAGCAGCCCAUCCUCUGUGCACUCUCACACACACACACACACACACAUACAGACACGUGCUCGCUCGCACGCACGCACCGCACGCAGGCACACGCACACACACGGACACACGCCCACAGACACACAUAGACAACCGCACGCAGGCACACACACACAUGCGCACACAGACACAGAAAGUUUUUUUUUUAAACGUAAAAGAAUUGAAACGCGAGAUGGUCCCUAAGCUAAGCGUGAAUAAGAAACUGGAAAAGCGGAUGCUUCGCGUUUUUAAGGUGGAACGGAUAGUGUCAGUAAGAAACUGCGAAUAAGAAGCUGGAUUCAGCCUCGUUUUACAAGGUGUGUUCAUUAACAUGACAUCUGCAUUUUUGCCAUUCUUUGUUAUAAAUGCAUCUUAAUAUGAUGUGGAAGCUAUACAAGACCCUUUCCCAUUCACUGUUUAAAAGUUUUAUGUGCGUUCAUCCCUCGUUAACUAUUUGUUAACGUCACCUGAAGCAAAAUGAAAGCACUAAACACCAAUGACGUCAUACUUCCACGAUCAAGAUGAUAUUGUAGCGCACAGAAAGUGUCAUUAAUGAUGAUGUGCUACAGUUUUAGAGAGUUGACGGUAGUUUUGACAGCUCCAGAAAGAGGACGGGCAGAUAAGAGUUACUGUAGAUCAGCCCGGUGCGGCAGUGCUAUUCACUGUUCUGAGUUCAGAGGAUAUAAAAGUGUACAGAAGCUCUAUGUCGUUUUUCAGACGCUUCAGUAUUUUUAUCAUUAAUUGAAAACAUAUUGUGGAGGUAAUAGAUGAACACGCAGUCAUGCAGAGAGUGACAGCGCUAGUGCUAAUCAGAAUGAAUGGCAGGGAAACAUAUUAAGUUAUUUUUACUAAAUAAUGAUUCAGCAGUUGAUUGUGAUAUUUAUUUUAUGGAUUUGUGGCUGUUGUUGUCACUUUAAAAUAUAAAUGUUGCAGAUUGACCUAUUAAUGUGAUAUUCAUUUGAAUAACAAUAACUUGUAUUUAUGCUUUUCUGCAUAUUAUUUCUUAAUUAUUUAUUUCAGUAAUGUAUACAAUAUGUGGUGAUUAGAGUGUGGCUUUCUCUCUAUAUAUAUAUCCUCAUUGGAGGCUGAGCCCCCCUAAUAUUGAAAACCUAGAAUUGCUCCUGAUCAGCUCCAUGUUUAAAUUGUUACAAGUUUUCUUCUUUACAGUGCUGAUUUCAUCCAUCGACUCUGAAGAAACUGUAGAAAGACCAAAAGCUGAAGUGGUUGUAUUACAUGGUGAACUUGUAUUUGAAGGAGAAUCUGUCACUCUCACAUGUGACAUCAAUGGGGAAACAUCAGUCACAAGCUGGCAGUACAGAUGGUAUAAAGAUUCAGUCAUCCAGCAGAAUAAACAUCAGAAUUACACAAUCAGUUCUGUUAGUAAGUCUGAGGCAGGUCAAUACACCUGUGAAGGAACAGAGAUCAGUGGAUCCCGAUCAUCAGACACCAGUGAUGCAGUUACACUGAAAGUAUCAGAUAUUCCCAAACCAACUUUUAAUGUGCAGCCACAGUCUGUGUUCACUGGAGACUCAGUUACUCUGACCUGUGAGGUGCAUCAGUCCACUGGAUGGGAGUAUAACUUUUACACACCCUCACAGCACGGAAACUAUGAAGCUUCAGGAACUAAAACAAUCAAAGUCUCUGAUGGAGUACAGUACUGGUGCAGCGCCAGGAGAAGAAACUAUUACACAUAUAACAGUGACCCCAUAACAGUGACAGUAGAGAAGAGACCAAAAGCUCAAGUGUCUUUAUGGCCUGAUGGACGAUUAUUCAGAGGAGAAACUGUCACUCUCACAUGUGACAUCAGUGGAGGAGGAGUCACUAACUGGCAGUACAGCUGGAAUAAGACAAGACAUAGUCAGCUCUCACAAUACAAUAUCAGUAAUCUACAGUAUUACACAAUCAGAUCUGUUAGUGGGUCUGACGCAGGUAAAUACACCUGUAGAGGAACAGAGAUCAGAGGAUCAUGGUAUUCACACAUCAGUGAUGCAGUUACACUGACAGUAUCAGAUUUACCCAGAGUUACAGUGAGAGUAACACCAGACACAUCUGUGUUCACUGGAGAGACAGUCACUCUGACGUGUGAGAUAGAAGAACAAUACAGAUCAUUAGACUGGAGAUAUCUGUGGUAUAAAGACAGAACUGUGAAUCCAGUGUUUUCCUCAGACUCAAACAUCUUCACCAUCAGUUCAGCAUCUGAUCAGGAUGAGUUCUGGUGUAGAGGAGAGAGAGCUAAACGCCCCUCAUCCUCACAGGACAGUGAUCAUGUGACUCUCUCUGUUAAAGGAUCAAAACCAAAAGCUGAACUCACAUCAGAUACUGAAGGAUCUGUACUGACGGGAAACACAGUGACUCUGACGUGUCUCAUGAAUCAGUUCACUGGAUGGAAGUUUAACUGGUAUCAACACACACAGAACACUGAGAAGACGACAACAGAUACAAACACCUACACAAUGUCCAAUGUUAGAGUUUCAGAUGGAGGUCAGUACUGGUGUAGAGCUGGAAGAGGGAAUCCAGUCUAUUACACAGACUACAGUGAUGUUCUGUGGAUCAAUGUUACAGAGAGUCCUAAAGCAGUUUUGAGCGUUGAGCCUGACAAACAGCUGUUCUCAGGAGAAACUGUCACUCUGAGAUGUGACAUACAGACUAAACAAGACACUGAGUGGACAUACAGCUGGACUGUAGAGAAAUAUAACCAACAGUAUACAGUCAACCGAUGCAAAACACAAGAGUGUAAAAUCAGAGUUUAUCACAGUGACAGCGGUCACUACACGUGUAGAGGAAAGAGUGUAAAUGGACAAAACUCUGAGAAGAGUGAAGCUGUUACACCGACUGUAUCAUCAUAUAAACCCAAGACACUUUUAAGAGUUUCUCCACAGCAGUGGCUGACUGAAGGAGAUUCAGUGACUCUGAUGUGUGAGGUUAACAGAUCCUCUACAGGCUGGACAUUCAGCUGGUUCACUGAACACAAUCUCUCCUCAGGUUAUGAUCUGGUGUCAGACAGCAGUGGAGGAUCUAAAGGAAACUACACUGUGAGUUCUGCUGCUCUGAAGCACACAGGAGUUUAUAUGUGCGGAGCAGAGAGAGGAGAUCCAGUCUAUCACACACACAACAGCAGCACACAACCACUGUGGAUCACUGGUGUUUCUUCUUCAGUGUCUCUGAUCAUCAGACCCAACAGAACUCAACACUUCUCAUCUGAAUCUCUCUCUCUGAGCUGUGAGGAUCACAGGAACUCUACUGGAUGGACAGUGAGAAGAUACACAAACACACUGGAAACUUGUUCAUCAUCAUCAGUCAGAUCUACAGGAACAGAGUCUACAUGUACCAUCAGAUCUCUCAUCACAUCUGACACUGGAGUGUACUGGUGUGAGUCUGAAUCUGGACACAAACUUCAUCCUGUUAAUAUCUCAAUACACAAUGGUGAUGUGAUUCUGGACAGUCCUGUUCAUCCUGUGACUGAAGGAGAUUCUCUGACUCUUCACUGUUUAUAUCGAGAUAAAAACCCAUCAAACCUCAGAGCUGAAUUCUAUAAAGAUGGAUCAGUGGUGCAGAAUCAGACUACAGGAGACAUGAUGAUCAUCUCUACAGUCUCAAAGUCACAUGAGGGUUUCUACUACUGUAAACACCCAGAGAGAGGAGAGUCUCCAAAGAGCUGGAUCUCAGUCACAGGUUUUCAGGACGAGAUGUCUGGUCUCAAGAUUCUCAGUUUUCUGUUGGCAGUUUGUCCAUAUCUGAUAGUGACAGUCGUGCUGGUGUUCAAAUGCUACAGAUUGAGAGAUGAAACAUCUGAUUCAUCAGAUCACAUGAAAAAAUGUUGCUUCUGGAUGUAAUAAUGUGAUGUGAUUAAAUAUGAAUAAAUGUAAUGAUGUGAUCUCAGAUUAAAUCAAAGACCAGAGGAGAAAAACACACCAGUACAUUUACUAAUACUUACUAUUAACAACUCAAAGCUUUAUGUGCAUCACAGACAGUAAAUGUUUGUAAUCUCCAUUUUCUUUUAUUAAUAGACUUUGUGUCAUUAUUACUAUUGCAUUGAUUUAAUUGAGUUCAUUGUUGUGUUAUAUGUGUGAACUUUUCUUACUGUGUAAUAUUCAUGACAGCCAUAACAUUUGUUUUCAUCAUAAUAUUUAAGUGUCAUGUGAUAAUGUAUACAUCUGAUAUCAGUUUCAGUAACAAAACAUGGAUGGUAAAGAAAACAGGUUUGAUUAUUAUCACGGUCUUGAUCUGAGAAGUUUAAGAAACACAACAGCUCAUGUGAGUCACAGUUAUCUCAGUUUAAUGAUGCACUGCCCUGUUUACUGUAACUGAACCACAAUAUUCUGGUACAUAUGGAUGUCAGUCAUCUCAAAUGGAUAAUAUACUAUACAUUUGCUCCUCUAUUCUGUCAUUUACCUCAAUUCUGAAUUGAAAUUUAAAUGAUAUCCUAAACUCGCAGUUUUCAACUAUGCAUGAGAUCAGGGACAGAAGGCAUAAUUUAAUCAAAUAAAAAAUUUGCAAGCAUAAACAUUUUGUUUUUCUUUUGUUAUGAGUCUUGUGUAAAUACUUUUAUAUCGUUGAUGUGUUGCAGUAAAAGUUUUAUCAGUAAAUGCACCUUUUUAUGUGCCAUUGAAAGAGAG